AUGGACUUUUCAAAGUUCAGCAAGGGCUUCUCCGACCUCAGUGCGCAGAUUACCCCAUUUGCGUCACGGACGCUACAGUUCACCAAGGAACAACUGGGCCAGGCGGAUGAUCGAACUGAGCUUCCUGCGGAUUACAUCGACCUUGAGAAAAAGGUCGAUGCUCUCAAACAAGCCCACCAGAAGAUGCUGGCGGUGACGUCGCAAUAUGCUAACGAAGCUUAUGACUACCCGCCCAAUAUCAAGGAGACCUUCCAGGACCUUGGUCGAACCGUGAGCGAAAAGGUCAGCCUUCUAUCCUCGGCUACAACGCCUGCGGAAGCUCAAGCAGCCCUGGUGGCUCCGGCAUCCGCGAAGCCGCAACCCAAGACCUUCAAUCAUGCCAUUUCCCGUGCGAGCUUAGCUAGCAGCCAACUCCUGCACCAGCAUCACACAGGGGCUGGCGAAGAUCCCCUGGCGACCGCACUCGAGAAAUAUGCGCUUGCUAUGGAACGGGUGGGCGAUGCGCGCCUCGCCCAAGACUCGCAGAUCCAGAGCCGGUUUCUGGCUGGGUGGAACACAACUCUCAACACAAACCUGACUUUCGCGGCACGCGCAAGAAAGAAUGUGGAGAAUUCAAGGUUGUCGCUUGAUGCUGUCAAAGCUCGCGUGAAGGGCACGACGUUCAAGCUUGGUGGUCACUCUCGGGGCGAUCGUCCAGACGACGCAGAGCUUAGCUCUGACGCCCAGGAGGAGAUUGAAAAGGCCGAAGAUGAGUUUGUCACACAGACCGAGGAAGCGGUUGGCGUGAUGAAGAACGUCUUGGACACGCCUGAGCCGCUUCGCAACCUCGCCGAGCUGGUUGCAGCUCAGAUGGAGUAUCACAAGAAGGCAUAUGAGAUCCUGAGUGAACUCGCGCCGGUCCUCGAGACCCUGCAGACGGAGCAAGAAGUAGGCAGUACCUCCAAAUUUUCAGCACUCUAA